AUGGCGACCACAGAGAUGGCGUUGCCGGGCGAGGUGUCGGCGACGGACGCGUUGACCAUCCAGAGUGUUGGUAACACCAUCACCAUCCUGCCAACCAAGACCAAACCCAAGAAACUACACUUCCUGGGCUCCGACGGACGCAACUACCCUUACCUCUUCAAAGGUAGCUAACAGACACACACUUAGCACACACACACGAUGGACGCAACUAGCUCUACCAGACAGAACAACCUCCAGGCAGACAACCAGUAGGAAUAUAAAGCCUGAACCUCAUUCUCCUCCCUUCUACCUCCAUUCCUCCCUCCUCUCUCGUUCCCUCUCUCUGAUUUGACCCUAAUCUAUUCUCUUUCUCUUUCAGGUCUGGAGGACCUCCACCUAGAUGAGAGAAUCAUGCAGUUCCUUUCCAUAGUCAACACAAUGUUCACCAAGGUACGUACGAUCGUUCAUUGAUUGAUCAUUUAAAGUACAAGGCCGCUCCAGCCAGAGGCAACAGUAUAGAGCAUGGGUCCUGUGCGGUUCAGCUGUAAAAAAUACACCAAAAAUAAUAAAUCUAGUAUAAUACUUCAUUAAACCUGAAGGCUUGUUCCAGUAAUGUUUACAUAAAGAAAAUAAAUAAAAAGCUCUACUUCUUCUAGGAAAGAUGGACGGUUUUAUCUGGUCAUACGACUGCUACUGUUUUCUGCAUAGCAUAACUCUAUGUUCCUCUCUAGGUGAACCAGCAGGAGCGCCCCCACUUCCACGCCCGCCACUACUCCGUCACCCCGCUGGGGACGCGCUCAGGUCUCAUCCAGUGGGUGGAUGGCGCCACGCCGCUGUUUGGCCUCUACAAGCGUUGGCAGCAGAGAGAGGCCGUGCUGCAGGCCCAGAAGGUAGUGUGUGUGGGUGGAGGUGUGCGUUUGAGUUAUGUUUUGUAGGAACAUUCUCUGUGAAUGUGUAGCGCUCAAUAAAUACAACAUUCAACAUUGAAACUAUGGCAAAGCCAAACACAUUGGUGGGGCCAUUGGCCUUGAGGCCUCUCUGUACUCCUCUCUCAUCCCUCCCUCUCUCAUCCCUCCCUCCUCUCUCCCCCUCUCCUCUCUCCCCCCUCUCCUCUCUCCCCCCCUCUCCUCUCUCCCCCCCUCUCCUCUCUCCCCCCCUCUCUGUACUCCUCUCUCUCCUCCCCCAUCCCUCUCUCCCCCCUCUCAUCCCUCUCUCCCCCCGUUCUCCCUCUCCCUCCUCCCCCCAGGCCCAGGAUUCGUUCCAGCAGCAGCCCCAGCCCCUCCCUCUGGUCCCACGGCCCAGUGAGCUCUACUACAGCAAGAUAGGCCCCGCCCUGAAGGGGGUGGGGCUCAGCCUGGACGUUUCGCGGCGCGAUUGGCCGCUCAGCGUGAUGAGGGAGGUGCUUAAGGAGCUGAUGGCGUCCACGCCCCCUAACCUGCUGGCCAAGGAGCUGUGGUGCUCUUGUACCACGCCUAGCGAGUGGUGGAGGGUCACACAGGUGAGCGGGGGUCAGAGGUCAUAACAGGGUUUAUUGGGGGUCAGUCAAGGGUUAGAGGUCACACAGGUGGUGAGGCUUCUUAUCCUUGUAUCCUUUCCCUGAUAAAAACACAAAAGAUGAAAACAUGGCGGAACUAAGAUUUGAUAUAGGAUUGUUAUGACGAGUUUCUCUGGUAUCGAGUACUUCAGGAUGUAAGAGAAUAGUUACACACAUAGAUGGAGAGUUGGUUCAGGUAUUUAAUAUUACAGUACCGGAUUCACAUGACAAGCGGUACGGGCGUAGCCUAUUGUCAUCUGAAUGAUAGGCAUACAAAAUCUCUCAGUUUAUAUAAGUCUUUGCAAGCUAAUUCCAUCCAACAGUUGCCAACCAUUGAGUGUCACUCCCAACAACAAUAGUAUCACCCUAUAUGGUAUUGUGUUGCACCCUAGUCAGGAUAUUCCAUCACAUACUCCUUCUAAGAUCAGCACCAGUGGCCCCCAAGCUGUCUUGGCACGCAGACCUUCUGGCACCCACCAGUGACAGAAAUAAUUACAUGGAAUGUCCUCAUCCUCCCAAUCCCCAUGCAGCUCAUAAUAUCAAAGACAUUAACAAAUACUGUAUAAAAAGACGUUUAUAUAAAGGAUCCACCCAUAGAGUUGGAUAGAGGACUCAUCUUUGUGUCUGUGUUAAUUUCCAUAGGAAAAGGUCCUCUAUCUUACUCUGUGGAUCUACCUGGCUAGGUCUUUCUGACUAGGGCAGAUGAAGGAAAGGAAGCCAUGUUGGACUAAUAUGCUUGGAGAAGUCAUAAAAUGUAAAAAAUAAAAAUGAAAAAAUGAAACAUUACUGGUGGCUAAUUUAAUGGUAAAUGAACGGUCCUCUCCUCUUCGGCCUGUGCUCCCUCCUCCUCCUCCUCCUCCUACAGUCUUACGCCAGGUCCACUGCUGUGAUGUCUAUGGUGGGCUACAUCAUUGGCCUCGGCGACCGCCACCUUGACAACGUGCUGAUUGACAUGACAACUGGAGAGGUGGUGCACAUCGACUACAACGUCUGCUUUGAGAAAGGUAAAUAAAUUAAGUUCUAUUUUGAGGUUUGAACAAGCAACCCUCCUGGUUUAGACAAGUUGCUCUGUGGAUUUCACUGCUGUUUGUCCUACUGGUGUGUGAUGUUUCUCUCUAUCGCUCUCUAUGUGUGUGUUUCUCUGUGUGUGUGGUCUCCAGGGAAGAGCCUGCGUGUACCAGAGAAAGUUCCGUUCCGUAUGACCCACAACAUAGAGACGGCCCUGGGAGUGACUGGGGUGGAGGGCAUCUUCAGACUCUCCUGUGAACAGGUAUGCUAGCUAGUGAAACAUUCUUCAGACUCUCCUGUGAACAGGUACACUAGCUAGUGAAACAUUCUUCAGACUCUCCUGUGAACAGGUAUGCUAGCUAGUGAAACAUUCUUCAGACUCUCCUGUGAACAGGUAUGCUAGCUAGUGAAACAUUCUUCAGACUCUCCUGUGAACAGGUACGCUAGCUAGUGAAACAUUCUUCAGACUCUCCUGUGAACAGGUACGCUAGCUAGUGAAACAUUCUUCAGACUCUCCUGUGAACAGGUACGCUAGCUAGUGAAACAUUCUUCAGACUCUCCUGUGAACAGGUACGCUAGCUAGUGAAACAUUCUUCAGACUCUCCUGUGAACAGGUACGCUAGCUAGUGAAACAUUCUUCAGACUCUCCUGUGAACAGGUACGCUAGCUAGUGAAACAUUCUUCAGACUCUCCUGUGAACAGGUACGCUAGCUAGUGAAACAUUCUUCAGACUCUCCUGUGAACAGGUACGCUAGCUAGUGAAACAUUCUUCAGACUCUCCUGUGAACAGGUACGCUAGCUAGUGAAACAUUCUUCAGACUCUCCUGUGAACAGGUACGCUAGCUAGUGAAACAUUCUUCAGACUCUCCUGUGAACAGGUACGCUAGCUAGUGAAACAUUUAGGUAAUGUCUGUGUCCAAGCUGUGAUGCAGCUCAUUUGGAUUUCCCGGCUUUGUCGGCUGUUGAUCACCCCAAACUUCACUUACAACUUAGUCUUGUUUACUUAUAAACAUUCCUAAAAUGUUCCUGUCACAUUUGAAGACAUUCCUGAAACGUUAUUAUAUAUUUUUUGAACGUUUCUGAAACAUGCAAACCAUAUUCUAAUCUUCUCUUUUCUGAUUCGUCAGGUGGUCCAGAUGAUGCUAACCUCUCUCCUCUUUGAUUGGUCAGGUGGUUCAGAUGAUGCGUCGUGGGCGGGAGACGCUGCUGACCCUGCUGGAGGCGUUUGUUUACGACCCUCUGGUGGACUGGACGGCCGGGGGGGAGGUGGGCUUCGCCGGGGCCGUGUACGGAGGGGGGGGGCAGCAAGCAGAGAACAAGCAGAGCAAGAGAGAGAUGGAGAGAGACAUCACACGUUCCCUCUUCUCCUCCCGC